AAAGAUCUCAAAACCGCAACAACAAAACAUUUUCUGUGGAGUGUGGGGAGUGUGUGCAUUAUGUGUUGUUGUUGGGGGUGGUUCUGCUAGUAAUUUCAGUAAUUUGAUUAGCAAAUCUGCUGCCAAACAUUGCACCCAUGUUUGAACAUGACAGCCUCAUUCCGGAUGAAGAUAAGAUGGGGAUGACGCUCACCACGGGGAGCGUCACCCUAUCCAAAGAUGAGAAGAACCUGAUAGGAAUCAGCAUUGGCGGCGGUGCCCCACUCUGCCCCUGUCUCUACGUCGUACAGGUAUUUGACAACACCCCGGCGGGCCGGGACGGAACACUCCAGUCGGGAGAUGAAAUCGUCAAGGUGGACAGCACCUCUGUCAAAGGCAGGACCAAAGUCGAGGUCGCUAAGCUCAUACAGUCUGGAACGGGUGACGUCACCAUCACAUACAACAAGCUGCACGCCGACCCACGCCAGGGCAGAACACUGGACAUUGUGCUAAAGAGCGUCAAACACAGACUGGUGGAGAAGAUGAGCGCUAGCACGGCGGACGCGCUCGGACUCUCCCGGGCUAUUCUGUGUAACGAUUCGCUGGUAAAACGUCUGGAGGAGCUGGAAAGGACGGAAAACAUGUACCACGGCGUGGUGGAGCACCUGAAGAAGGUGCUCAAGGCCUUCUUUGAGCUCAGUCGCGUCCACAAAGCGUUCGGUGACACUUUCUCCGUGAUCGGUGCUCGGGAGCCCCAGCCGCGGGCCAGCGAGGUGUUCACCAGUUUCGGGGACGCCCACCGCACGAUGGAAAAGAACGGCGUCAGGCUGCUGAGGACUCUCAAACCGAUUCUGUCCGAUCUGGGAACGUAUCUACACAAAGCGAUCCCAGACACCAAACUGACCAUCAAAAAGUACCUGGACGUUAAGUUUGAGUACCUCAGCUACUGCCUCAAAGUCAAGGAGAUGGAUGAUGAAGAGUACAGCUACGCCGCUCUCCAGGAGCCCCUGUACAGACUGGAAACGGGGAACUACGAGUACCGACUGAUACUGCGCUGCCGACAGCAAGGACGAGCCAGAUUCGCGCGCCUUCGGUCGGACGUGCUGGUAAAGUUGGAGCUGCUGGACCAGAAACACGUCCAGGAUAUCGUGUUCCAACUGCAGCGUCUCAUCACCGGUUUGGCUAGAUACCACCAGCAGUGUUACGACUUGAUGAAGGAGCACCAGUACUUCCCCAUAGAGGUGGACCUCUCCCAGUCCGCGUUCCAGUACGGCGAGUACGCGUUCCAACAGGACGGCGUAGACGAAGAGGAACCCGAAGAGGUGGGUCAAGACCUGCUCGACCUGGCUCGACAGGAGACUCCCUCUGGUGACCUUUUGACGGACCUCACACCAGCGCCGGCGCCGCCACCUCUCAGCCACAAGGAUAUCUUCAACUCGUUCUAGUGGAACAUUCGAAAGGCGAGGCUUGUAAGGUGGAACUCUGCCCGAUGGGACUUGAAACUUAAUGGUCUAUGUCGUAAUCGCUAGUCAUUUUUUUUUCUGCGUGUUUUGUGCGAAGCGGACUUUGGUGGAGGAUGGAGGAAAUCCAUAGUGACAGGAACGUUGAAGUCUGUUAUGUAUUGCAGUCUUAUGCGAAAGAUAAACAGAAUGCUAUCAGAAUGAGUCGUCUUUAUGACGCAUAUUUUCAUUAUGAACUGACCCUAUGAAUGUUUGUGGACCUUUCAGAAAUGGUUUCUCACGACCACAACUAUCGUGCUUUUUGAUGUGGUGUUCGUUGAUCCUUACGUCGCUGUAAUUUGACUGUUCUUAGUGUUUACGUUGUUUGACGCGUGAGCCUGAUUUUUUGUUUUUCAUGUUGGUCUCCAUAUUAUUCCAUGUUUGUGUGAUUUUAGUUUGAUUGCAGUAUAGAAGGCCUAGUCUGUGUCUGUGAUCUGAUCGUAUAUCAUUGAUCGAUUAUCGGUCGAUCAUUGUAUCGAUUAUCAUGCAGAUAGUGCAUUGAUCUCGGGGCCCAGGAAAUGGCCAUCUCGGCUUGUAUUGUUCUAAAAAGUUUGCUACACGUUUUAUAUUUCUUCUAGUCCAAUUGUUCAGUCAGCUUUCAUGUGUUACUUGUGAUCAAUGUAUAAAUAUAUAAAUCUGCCACAUA